AUGGCUACUCACAGCUGGCUUGGUCGCUGGCGUUGCUGGCUCUUUGUUGCCAUUCCAAUCUUUGCUAUCAUUCUGCUUCACCAGUUACUGAUUCAUCACAAUAAAUUACGGGUGUCUCUUACCAGGAAAGAGCCGGACUUCGCGCAGAAUGGUCGCCAGGCCCUCUGCGGGGUGGAUGACGUGUUGAUUAUUCUGAAGACUGGUGUCACUGAAGCCUUGGAGAAGGUCCCCAUCCAUCUCCAGACAACUCUUCAGCACAUCCCUAACUACGCUAUCUUUUCCGACUUUGAAGAAACCAUCUCAGGCGUGGAGACCCACGAUGUUUUGCGGACAAUCGGCGAAGAUAUCAAGCGGACCAAUCCAGAUUUUGAACUUUACAGAAGAAUCAAGGAGUUGGGGAGAGAAGGUCUCAAGGCGAGCGAUUUGAUGCUGGAUGACGUGAGUGGGCCUUCAGGGAAGCCCAACAACCCUGGAUGGAAGCUUGAUAAAUGGAAAUUUAUUCCCAUGAUUGAUGAAGCCCUCGAUGUACGUCCCGAUGCAAAAUGGUUCGUAUUCAUCGAGGCAGACACAUAUGUGGUCUGGUCAAACCUACUGGCUUGGCUCGCAAUGCUCGAUGCGACAAAGUCCUAUUAUCUCGGCACGCAAAUGAGGCUAGGCAGCCUGGUCUUUGGCUAUGGUGGUUCCGGGUUUGUGCUCUCCAACUCGGCGAUGAAGAAGUUCUCAAACUAUCGGGCUUCUCGAACUGCAGAAUUGGACGAUUAUACCGCCUCUCAGUGGGCAGGGGACGCUGUGCUUGGGAAAACUAUGGCUGACGCGGGAAUUCCCCUUACCUACUCGUGGCCGAUGUUGCAAACGGCACGGAUAUGGAACCUCGAUCACUUUGGGGACCUGUGGUGUUACCCGGUUGUCUCUUACCAUCACAUGACGCCGGGUGAUGUAGAAAUCAUGUGGCGGUUUGAUCAGCAAUGGUCUAGAAACGUGAGUUGA